AUGCUCCUCCUCUUUUGUAACCCUAACACCAGCCGCCAUCGUCCACACCACCAUCUCACUCACAAUGACCUCCACCUUCUGCAACAUCCACCAUCAGAGCCAACACCAUCGCUACAGCUUCCAGUUAUACUGCCAUGCACUAUCACUAGCUGUUCACCGAGACUUAAAGCAAAUGGGAACAUCAAGUUCAUACGCGAGUCACAGGGAACGUUGAUACUACAUGGUCAUGGUCCAUACUACGAGAUUGAGGUUUACAACUACAAUCGAGGCCCAUGUUACAAUCCCCAGCACUUACAAACCAUUGUAUGUCUCUCUAAAUCUCUAAAGAUUGGGCUGUCACACAAAGGGGUUUUUCUGUGUGUGGAGGUGGAGAUAUGUUCCAGUUCCAUCUUUUGUUAUGAAGACUUGACUACAGUUCGACUUCCAAAGUUUUGUUUACAUUUUAAGGUCAAGAUAGAUGUAAGAGACUUGGAAUGCUUAGAGAAACCUAAAGCUAAAUGCAAAUAG